GCUGGUGUCCAAGGAGGAAUCCAUGGAGAGUCCUGGUGACGGCCUCGCGCGCUGUCUGCUCCCAGACCAGGGGCUCUUAUGUGGCCUGGGCACUUGGGGGAGACGGCUACUCCUCCUGAGCAUCCCCCUGAUAGCAAUGCUCAGCGUCUCCUUGUCUUUCUGGAGGCGCAGGGGAAGGAGCACGCGCGGCACCAGGAAGCCUGGGGAGCGGGCCAGGAAGAGGCCUCCAGAGACCCUCCGAGGCCGCUUGAGGCUCCAAACCCAGCACCUCUGGCGCCCUCUGUGCGCACCCCAGCCGCAGGGCACACGCCCAGGCUGAGGGAGAGAGCACCCAUAGGUCUGGUCAACCAGGGUGCUACCUGCUACCUGAACAGCAUCCUGCAAUGCCUCUUCUUCACACCGGAGUUCCGCAAAGCUGUCCUUGAGCUGGAGUUGCCUGCUGCCCAGCCAGCCCUCUGCAGGGACCACGGAGAGUCCAGCUUGGUCACACAGCUGCAGAGGCUCUUCCUGGACCUGCAGGAUGCCCAGGCGCCUGUGACCACCAGAGCCAUCACCCGCUGCCUGGGGCUGAGAAAUGUGUACGAGCAGCAGGAUGUCCUGGAAUGCUUCCAGACCCUGCUGACAAGGAUGGCUGUGGAGAAAGUGGAGCUGAGGCAGGCAUUCCAGAUGCUCACGGAGCGUGUCAUCCAGUGUCAGGUCUGUAAGGACGAGACACGGCUGGAGGAGGCACGGCUGUUCCUCAUGGUGACGGUGCUGCCAGGCCCCGAGGAGUCCGUGUGCUCCGUGGCCGAGGCGGUGCAGGCGCUCUUCCGGAAGGAGCAGGUCACUGGUGACAACCAGUAUUUCUGCGAGAUGUGUGACCGUAAAGAGGACGCCAGCUCUGAACUCUGCCUGCGAGCCCUGCCCUCAGUGCUGGUCAUCUUCCUGGAGCGUUUCACCUUCUACCGUGGGGCUUUCUGGAAGCUGAAGAACAAAGUGACUGUGUCGGAGAAGCUGAUUCUGCCGUUCCCAGAAAAGAAUUGUUACAACCUCUUCGCAGUGUGUCACCAUUUCGGUGACCUCACUGGCGGGCAUUACGUGGCAGACAUAAUGUCCUUUGAGAAGCGUUGCUGGUACAGGUUUUCAGACGACCAUGUGGAGGAGAUCCAGCCAGGGCCUUCUGAGAGCAGUACUGCCUACCUGCUGAUGUACCGUCGAGAAUCGCUGGGCCCCACCACGUGAGAGACAGGCCCUCCUGGACCUGGGUGCCCCUAAACUGCUGAGUGUCCUGUGCACCCACCCCUGCUGACAGUGCCCUGUGUCCAAGCGUGUGGUAGAGAGCAGCUGAAGUCAGGGCCACCCAGGGCCCGGCUCAGCCUCCCCGAAGCUCAGCCACAGGUAUCCAGAGCGGGCAUGGCUGUGAAGGCUGCGAGGGUGAGCUCGGGACUUCCCUGGAGCCUGUCCCCAGUUCAAGGAGUUUGAUUGUUUUUUCUGAUUAUGAAAGUAAUAACCUAUUCACUGAAGAAAGAUGCUACAGAAAUACAAAAGAGAAAGUAACAAGUCACGCUGAGCCUCAGCCAGGCCCAGC